AUGACAAGGAGAGGACGGAGCUUGAAGCCACAUCGUGAGAGGCGACCAGGAGUCCGAGCAUCUGUGGGAUUUCCGAAGUCCUCGGUAAAGAUAAGAUCUUCAGUGAGGUGUCACGGGAGUCGGGACAUCAGCAGCCUCCCAGGUCUGGGAAGUUGUUCUUGGCCGAACAGAAAGCAACAAACUGACGGAGGAAAUGACCCCGUUAGCUCCUUAGCGGUGUCAGGAGUCACUACCGACACGCACCUAUUUACCCGCGGAGCCCGGGACGGCGCGGUGACACGGGCUGGGGCUGCGGACGCGGCGUUUGCUGCCCGCGCCAGAGCCAGCGGGCACCGGGGUGCGGGUACCGAGGCGCGGUGUUUAGAUAAGAUGUGGGUGGAGUGGGAAGGAGCUGGAUGGCAGAGGUUUGAAGGGAACCCGGAGCAGAACCUUGUCCGGCCCCGAGCUGUAGGUAAAACAUGCCUACUCAUCAGUUAUACAACCAAUGCAUUUCCUGGAGAAUACAUACCCACUGUUUUUGACAACUACUCUGCUAAUGUAAUGGUGGAUGGAAAACCAGUCAAUCUGGGUUUGUGGGAUACAGCUGGUCAAGAGGACUACGACAGACUACGUCCGCUCUCCUACCCACAAACAGUUGGAGGAGCCAAUGGUAAGGGUUUAUCUUCCAGUCUGACAGACCAACCUAUUGCCGAUGUUUUCCUAAUCUGCUUCUCCCUUGUGAGUCCUGCUUCCUUUGAAAAUGUCCGUGCUAAGUGGUAUCCUGAGGUGAGGCACCACUGCCCCAACACUCCCAUCAUUCUAGUGGGCACCAAACUGGAUCUCCGGGAUGACAAGGACACUAUUGAAAAACUGAAGGAGAAGAAGCUGACUCCUAUCACUUAUCCACAGGGCCUUGCCAUGGCCAAAGAGAUCGGUGCAGUGAAAUACCUAGAGUGCUCAGCACUUACGCAGCGAGGCCUCAAGACAGUGUUUGAUGAAGCGAUCCGAGCGGUUCUGUGCCCCCCUCCUGUAAAGAAGAGGAAGAGAAAAUGUCUGCUGCUGUAAAGGUUCCCCUCCCGCUGCCCACUCCAAACCCUCUGCUUUGCUCAGAACAAUGGAGCAUUCACACUCAAUGCCAAGUUUUUUCUGUUAUAAAUUAGUUCUCUUCCAUAAAUUCUUGAACCAAUCAACAGUUUCACGGUUUCAUUUGUCUGAGGUAAGAGUUACCUUGCAUUCUUCUAAAAGCAAACUCCUGAAAUGACAAACCUAUGUCAAGCCUUAUUUUUAAAAUCCUGUUCUUGCUCAAUUAAGUGUUGCCAAACUCUGCUGAACUAAGUUGCAUUGUUGUGCUAUGAACACUAAGCACUAAAACUUUUUUAAAGAUUCUUGAAGAUGACUCUCAUUUCUAGUAGGAAAUGCAAAAACACUUUCUAGUUUUUCACAGUAACAGGACCAUAGAAUUAGCAAAACUGCCCUCUAAUGGGUUUUCUUAUUCAAUGUUUCUCAGCCCCAGUCAGUGCGUAGCAUUGUGUAUCAAACCUGACUCUUUGACAAUGACUGACACCUUGGAGUCACAGUGUAAAAUGCUUUCUUGUUGGUAAGGGCUUGGUUGCAAUCUAGUUCUUGCUGCUGUGAUUGAAAAAAUAACUAUUCUUACUGAAGUGUAUCUAGUCCUUUUGACAGCAUUGUAUUGUGAUGGAUAAAUGGAAUAUUGGGUUGGAUCAAAUGAUAGUGCCAGACAGUAUUUUGACACUGUACAGCUGUACACUACACUGCCAGGGCAG